AUUUUAUUAAUUGAUGUUUUAGGAGACGGACUCGUCAUUCAUAUGGACGAAAGCGAAGACGAAAGCUUUCUAGAGAAACUCUUGCAACCCGCUUUUCGGUUGGUCCGCGCCGUCAAAAGAAUGAACGAAGCAUUCGUUCAUGAGGACUCUUUCCUGAGAGUAGCUGCCAAUUCAAAAGCGAAGAAAAACAACUCAAAAGAUUCUGAUUGCAAACCUUUACUAGCAAAAGAAAUCGUAAAAAGGGCCAAAGAAAGCAUUUGCCAGGCUGGCUACAACCUUCUUCUUAACAACUGUGAGCACUUCGCAACGUACUGUAGAUAUGGAAAGGCAGAAAGCGAACAGGCGCGACCUUUCGAAGGAGUCGCUGCUGUUGUUACCAGCAAAUAUUUGUGGAGGCAUCCAUUGCUGUACAUGUGGGACUUGGCAACCGGAAAUUAAAACUAUUGACUGCAGUUGAUACGUUUUAACAAUGAUACAAAGGAAGCAGAAAUAGGAAUGCGAAUGAAAAUUUGAUUUAAAUAAAAUGAAAUUGUAUCUGUUUAUAAGUAUACCAAGUUUAUUACUAAAUAAGUAGCUUUGCGUUAAUCCAGGCAGACGGACAGCCGGACGAACGUACUUAAUAAAUAAAGACUUCCUCUAA